CCGGCGAGCAGUGGUAACGUCCGGGUGGAAUGGCGGUGCUUGUGACGCGAGGACUGAGUGUUCUAUUUCAGAAUGUCAGAGGCUGCACGUUCCUUCAUCAGAAUAAAGCCCGCGACUGCUGGCGCUGCGUGAAACGAUAUUUACUAUCGGACCAUGUGAUUCGUUUGCUGGAGUUUCAACAGAAGAAGGUUGCAAUUGCGAACCAAAUGUAUAUUAGUAGAGAUCAAUAUUUCAACAACAUUGAAGGGAAAUUAAAGAAGAAUGAGCUAAUCCUCAAGGAUGAUUUGAAAGUAUUGUUACAUUUAUGCCAAACACCAUCAGAUGUUGAAGUAGCAAAGGAUAUAAUUUACAGAUACCAUGCUGAGAACAGAAAUAUGGCAUUUGGGGAAUUUAAGUUCGGCCCUCUAUUUAUGAGACUGUGUUAUGAGCUUGGUUUAGAAGAAACUGCAGAAAAGGUGGUGAAAGACCAGAUUCUGAAGGGUUUCUUCUCUGAUUCAACUUCAUUCAACAUUGUAAUGGAUAUGCUAUUUAUGAAGGGAAGCUAUGAGCGUGCUUUGGGAGUCCUUCUCGAAAUGAAAAAUCAAGGAAUAAAAUUUAGUAAAGACACUUACACACUGGCAUUUGCUGUCUGCUAUAAAAUGAAUACAGGUGAGGCAUACAGGAUUUGCAGCAUGCUGCUGGAAGAAUCAUUGACAAGAGGAGACUUCAUUCCCCGGCAUGCAUUCUGCUUUGCAGUAGCACUUGCAAUCAAGCAGAAUGAUGUUGUAAAAGCUCGGUCAAUUUACUCAUACAUUAUGCACACAGACAGCAAAAUUUGUCUUAAUCUUCAUCUCCUUUUAUUAGCUCUGUCAGGAGCGCAACAAAAUCUGCUCUCCGUUUUGGAAAAAGCAAUUGUAAACAACGUCCCAGAAUUUGUGAAGAAGGUGGAUUUUUCACAAGAAGUGCUGGCUAUAGUACGCAAAACCUUCGAGAACGACCUGGGGUUUCAAAGAUGUUUUGAGGAUGUGUGUGAAACGCUGAAAAGGUCUGGACAAAUCACAGCACUGAGUCUCGACGACAUGCUUUGCUACACACCAAGUGGAAAGAAGCCCCUUAACCGUUUGCUAAAUACAAGGAAAGUUAGCCGACGGACCUUCAAACCUCUACGGUCAGCCUUACUUUCUGAGUAACUGAACUGGCCUAUGCAUUAUUGGAUAAUGUAAAACAGCUGCAUCUGGACAUCAUUCACAAAUUAUUGGUAUCCAUCCAGUCUUCUCAAAGAGCACCUUUUUUAAGAUCUGGUUUUGUUGUUUCUAACAGACCUAAAGAACACACAAAGAUACAAAGCAAUUCUUGAAAAAAGGAAUUGAAAGGGGAUAAGUGUAUUUUGAAGAAUGUAGUUGUUACUGUAGUUUUGAAAGGCCCAAGACCAAAGCUGUGCAUUUGCCAUAGAUAAGAAAAACCAUGUUGCAAUUUGGAUGCUAUCUUUUCUUUCACGUCUUUAGAGGGUAGAGAAGGAAAAAGCGCUCCUGACUCAAUUAUUCUGUUGUACAUUCAGAGACCCCUCAAAUAAUUUAGAAUAGCUCCAUCACACUUAAACAUCAAAUGAAAAGCUAUUUCAUUCAUCACACUUUUUGGUUCAUUUUAAAUCAGAAUCCAUACAUUUGUACAUUGGCCUAAAAGCACAAAGGAAAUCUUUAGCAAAACAUUCAUUGAUCACUGCCUGGACCAGUACACUAUUUUAAAGCUAUAAAACCUGUUGAUAUAGUUGUCUUUCUGAUAGCAUUAACAAAACUGAGCAUCUUUUAUCUGGAUAUUCAGCACUUGUAAACUGGAAAAAAGAAAGCAAUAGUUACUUUUAGAAGUGAUUGGUAUCCUUCCAUUUCCAAGAGAUGAUGGGAACGCAGAUUUAGAAUUUUGGUGCGGUCAGAUGAGGUCAUCUGCAAUACUUCUUCUGAUGGCUGAACAAGCCGAUUCUGAAAAGGCAAAGCCUGCCAAAAGUGCCGCACAUGAAACUGUCCCUUGCCAGUGGUGCGGAUGAUCUCUGCUGGUGCAUGUUUGCAGGGCUGUUGUCUGUUUUGGAGCUUCAGAGACCACAUAUCGUGAUGGUGAAUUCCUGCACACAGCUAGCGUCGCCAUUUGCUUCAACUGUCAGCAAGUUUCCCACUUGUUGUGAUUGAUAUUGAGGGCUUUUUUGCCUCUGGACAGCAUCCUAGAAUCUGCAUUUGGGUGCCCUGCUGGUCUCUUGGCAUGGGCGACCUCCCCACAUAGCAUAUUGGGGAUGCAGGCAUCAUCUAUCCUGUGCACAUGCCCAGGCCAGCAAAGUGCAACUUUUUUUCCCACAUUUCUUCAGUUUGGAAUUCCAAACUUGCUCCAAACUUGUUUUGCCAGCUUGAUGUGGUGUAUUUUUAUACAUUCUUAAAUCUGAGAAACAUGCCUUGUGUUCCAGCCAACAUUUUGCUAAGAUUAAGCAGACAGAGAAAAAUAUUCCACAUUUUACCUUGAAUAGAGACUUAUUAUCUUGUAGCAAGUUGUGGUAUCUUGUCAAAUUUCAUCUUACUACAUACAUGUUCAGUUCCUUCUUGCCAGCAGUUUCAUUGGAUACUUUAAAAGGUCCUUUACCAAAUUAUGUGGUUAACAUAACAAGUCAUAAAGUAACUUUUUCUACAGUAUUUGUAAAUAGUUUGCAAUACAAUAUUACAGUAUUCUCUGCACAUGCAGUUAUGAUUUGUGUUUUGAAGGGCAUGUUAUUGUUCAUCACAAUAUGAAGUGGCCCUAUGUAGAAUGCACACUGUAUAUUCUUAAAGGAAUCUGGACUUGAAAAUCUGAAAACGCACAUUGACUAACUUAUUAUUUUAUAUUUUCAAAUUUGAAAAGCAUUUUCUUUUUUUCCAUGAUCCUUCAAACAGUCCACUCAGAACAUGAUGAAUUAUGUAUCUGUAAACAUUCUAUAUUUGAACACUAAGCUGCUCCCUUUACCAUAAUUAUUUUAUUUUAAAACAUUGUUCAGUGGGUUUACUAAGGGGCUCUCUAAUCAGACUUCUGAACUGCAAAGUGUAUUUUCUUAUAUUUCUGUGUCCAUUAUCACUGACCUCUGGAUUUAAUCAAUGAAAGGUAAACUACUAAGUGA